CGUGAAAUCGGGAAGAUGGCCGCCCUGACAGCCGAGCAUUUCGUAGCGCUCCAAAGUCUGCUGAAGGCCUCCUCCAAGGAUGUUGUGAGACAGCUGUGUCAAGACAGUUUUUCCAGCUCAGCACUCAGCUCACAAACCCUCUUGGAUGUCACCUGUUCCAGCUUGUCUGUGACUCAGCAGGAGGCGGAGCAGCUGCUGCAGGCUCUGCACCGUCUUACCAGGCUGGUGACAUUCCAUGACCUGUCCUCUGCUGAGUCCAUCCUGGCUCUCUUUCCAGAAAAUUUCCACCAAAACCUCAAAAACCUGCUGACAAAAAUCAUCCUAGAGCAUGUAUCCACAUGGAGAACUGAAGCCCAAGCAAAUCAGAUCUCUCUGCCACGCCUGGUUGACCUGGACUGGAGAGUGGAUAUCAAAACCUCCUCGGAUACCAUCAGCCGCAUGGCUGUCCCCACCUGCCUGCUCCAGAUGAAGAUCCAAGAAGAUCCCAGUCUGUGUGGGGACAAACCGUCCGUCUCGGCUGUCACCAUGGAGCUGAGCAAGGAAACCCUAGACACCAUGCUGGAUGGGCUGGGCCGCAUCCGUGACCAGCUUUCUGCCGUGGCCAGCAAAUGAGCCACCCGCCUGCUGGUACCCACUGCCAGGCUCAGGUGCUCACCCGCCUUGUGCCCUGCCCGCCAGGCAGGCAGGCCUGACAGUGGCAGCUGCAGCUGACAGCAGGAGCACUGUGGGGACUCAGGACCUUGCUGCUGUCCAGGAGGCACAGGUGGCUCAGGAGGAGCUGCCACACCCUCUUCUGCGCUCUGAUCUGCUUCCUCUUUCUGAGACUAAAGCCUCCAUCUUUAGAAGGCUCUUCUCUGCGACUUCAUUACUUUGUCAGCUGCCUCUAUACGGAGUAAAUUGUGGGGCUUGCCUAAUAAGCCCGAUGAGUUCACUGCCAGCCCCCAGACACAUGGAAGGGAUCUGAUGGCUAAUACCAGCAGCUACUGCUCCUCUGUCGGAGAUGGAUCACAUGGAACACGGCCUGAGCUCCCUCCGGCUGCUGGACAUCACUCCAGCACAGGAUAAAAUGGGAACUAACUGAAGCCAGGGACCCCUUGCCUGAUAGACCAUCACUACUCCUGUUUAAAGAAGUGAGAGCAAUGGGAAGGAAAUAAAUAACACUUUUAUGAUUCUG